UUAUUCCAGAUUUAGACGCUUAGCAUCCUUGAUCGGCGCUAAAAUGUCUCCAAGGAUUAGCAUUUUAUUGGUGAUUUCUGUAGUCGUAGUUUCGGGAAACCAAACUCCUGGAGUAAUAUUCAUUGCAAGGUUUCUUAAAGACCUUUCUAAGCGCCUGGACGUCCCAAUCAUCGACUCCCACUUGGUCAAGUCCGAAGGCCAGUGCUCGGCGCGAUGCGUCAAAAACCGCGAAUGCGUUUCUUAUAACUUGAAGAAGAAGCAGACGACCAGUUGUGACGAAAACGUCUUGUGUGAAUUGCUGCAUACGGAUAAAUUCAACGAGACCACUGCUCUCAAAAGUAGUACUGACUUCGACUAUUUCUACCCCCCGAGCGAAUGCGUGAAGAACCCUUGUAAGAAUGGCGGUAGUUGUCGUACUAUUUACAACACUAACAGCUACCAUUGCAUCUGCACGCCAAGAUGGACAGGAGCAAACUGCGAGACGUUGAUGGACUACCCGGAAUGCGCCUCUUACACAACACUGUCUGAUGCAAGCCGCAACGUCAACUCGCCAAAGACCACAAGAAUCUGCGACAGCGGGCUCGUGAAAAAGUGGUACCGCUUUGAAGGCGCCGCUGGGACGGUCAUCCCAUCUGCCUGUCCUUCUGAAAAUUUGUGCAACACUCAUGCAACUGGUUGGGUGAACGGCGCGCAUCCUACGGUGGAAGAAGGAAUUGUAACACGUAAAGUUUGUUAUCACUGGAGCAGUAGCUGCUGCAACUGGUCCAAUGACAUCAGAAUCCUUAACUGCGGCUCGUAUUAUAUCUAUGAGCUAAUUAAGCCUCCGGGUUGUUCUCUGCGUUAUUGUGGCGAGUAAUCUAGGUGUUAGGGGAAUAAAAGGGCACUACAGGGUUUGACCCAAAAAUUUUCGUAACGAUUUUGGUACAAACAGACACAAUGAGAACAAUAAGAAAAGGCAGCCCAAAGGGGGUGGGGGGUUAAAAAACCCCUAACCCCCCCCCCCCCCCUUCCCCCUCCCGUAGAUCGCUACUUGCCCCAGUUAGCUACAACGUUGUUAUAUUGCAAUAUUUUCCAUUGGUAUUUCUUGAAAAGUGUUAUGAACUCUGUGUUUUAAAUUUAAAGAGUGGAUGUAAAACAUAAUAAAUUAACAUAGUAUGAAUAGUCAAUAAGAACGCACAAUACUUUGAUUUGGAUACAUGGAUAAUCGUAGUAUAGAUAACUAUGGGCUCUUAUCAAACGACCAGUGCUAUUGAAUCAAUGAAGGCAAGAAGCGAUGUUUUUUAAAGUCAAAUCACACUUCUAAUUGGCCAUGUAUAGCCCCAAAGAUGCCAAAAUGUCGGCUUCUAAGUCCAGCACUUUUCACUUAGUCAAACAUACAGAAUAUAGCAUCGAUGAAAACCACAAGUGCAAUCUUGGCGAAGUAAAAAAACUUAAACCUAUAUUUAAUGCACCCGACAUUGAGGGCCAGGUAUAUUGGCAUCAAGUAAUGUCCGACAUGAGAAUAUUGUAAUUAUUGAGAAUAUUGUAAUAUUGUUACCAAUUGUAAGUAAAUGUCAUUUGUAAUUUUGAUUUCUCUCGUAUUCUCGGCACCCACAAAAAACUAGCCGUAAUGAACACUAAUCGAAUUGUAUUAUAACAUCUUGCAGUUUGAUUCUAUUGAUUAAAGUGCACAAAAAUUACCCAA